GGAGGCAGCAGCCCGGUAAGCGGACCCUCGGUGGUCCUCGGUGGUCCCCCGGGACACGCACGGCUGCGCGUCACAUCUCCGCAUCGCGCCUCUCCGGUGUCGCCGGUCGAAGGUCCCGCUACUCCUACAGCAGAGAGGAAAUGAGAGGAGAUACCAUAUUGCUGGAGGUUGAGAGGUUAUAAACGAGCAGGAGUCUGGAGAAGGUCCCAGAGAAGGUGUGGACGGCUGUCCGUGGCUUUGCUUUCCGUACAACACCUUGGCUUAGCGGCCCAGCGUGGACGAGAGACCCCGAGCCGUCGACCUCAGAGGAGGGCAGCUGGAACCUAGUCAUCCGCAUCCAGACGAGGACCGACAGACGAUAAAAGUGAUGGUGUGUGUGUGGAAGCUCUUGCUCAUCACUGGUCUGCUGCUGUGUUUGGAGGUGCAGCUCUCCCUGUCACAGCACUGGUCUCACGGCUGGUACCCAGGAGGAAAGAGAGAGAUCAGCGCUUACAGCUCACGCGAGGUGUCCGGGGAGAUGCGACCGUGUGAGGCGGGAGAGUGUAGCUACCUGCGCGCCCUGCGCAGCAGUGCUCCGAGGACCAUUCUGCUGGAUGCCAUGGCGAGAGAGUUCCAAAAGAGGAAGUGAUGUCACACGGCGGUGACUGUGCCUCUCUUCACUAGAUGGACGCAUCCAAAACAUCUCUGUUAAUCCGUCUGUGAACUUACCAUGGGAACAAUCGCGUUUAUUCAUGUAUGUGUUGCUAUAGUGCUGAGCUCUUCAUUCUUUAUGUGUGAAAUAACCAUGGUAACUGAUAUUGUGACUAAUGAUCACUUCCUUCAAUAAAAUCUUUAUUUUGGUA